GCAGUGCCUGUCUCUGCCCCCGCACCAGCGGUGCCCACUCGGUUCUGGGUCCCUCUCCCCUCAGGGCCGUCCCACUGCCGGCCGCACUCCAGCUCCCGGAGCGGCCCCGGGGAUCCGUCCCGCUGCUCCCGCUGCUCCCGCGUCCAGGGUCGAAGUCCAUCCCGGGCCGCGGGGCCGCUCCCGUCCCGACACGAUCACGCACCCGCAGCGGAGGUGGAUGUGGCAGCCAUGGUGUGGCUCUUUGGCUAUGUGGAUGUGACUGACACUGGUUUCAUGGUGGCCGUCCUCUCAAUCGCCUUCAACCCUCUCUUCUGGAAUGUGGUAGCCAGAUGGGAGCACAAAACACGAGCACUCAGCCAAAUCUUCGGCUCUCCCCAUGCUGCCUGUUACUGCCUGGGCGUUGCCAUCCUGGUGCUGAACUGUGUGCGGAGCCACUGCUUCACAGAAGCCAUGAAGAGCCAGCCAAAGCUGGAGAGCUGGGACUGCCUUUGGACCUACUACACAGGCUUGGCCAUCUCAGCUGUAGGGACCUUGUUUGUCAUCUCCAGCUUCUUAGCACUGGGAUUCACUGGGACCUUCCUAGGUGAUUACUUUGGCAUCCUGAUGGAGGAAAAAGUGACCAGCUUCCCUUUCAGCAUCCUGGAUAAUCCCAUGUACUGGGGCAGCACAGCCAUCUACCUGGGCUGGUCCCUCAUGCACGCCAGCCCAGCUGGCCUUUUGCUGACAGCUGUAGUGGCAAUUUCCUACACAAUCGCUGUGCUGUACGAGGGGCCUUUCACAGAGGAAAUCUAUCGGAGGAAGCAGAAGGGAGUGAAGAGCAAGUAGCCCCAGAGCACUCUCUCGGGUACCUCGUGCCUCUCCGGUCUGAUUUGCCCAUUUUUCUGAGAUGUAUCCUAGUAAUUAACCCAGCAACCCUUAAUGAGCCGACUGAGCUCCCUGCAGCACUGGAAGUGACCAGAGGAACAGCCUGAGCCUGGUGGCAGCUCCUUGCCAAGCCCAGGGGAGAUGGAGGUCCCUGUCCCCAGGCCUCUGUCCCGCUGCUCUCCGGGAGUUACGCAGUGCAGGACCUCCCCACCUCUUCUCCCACACCGAUUAUUGGAGACCUGCAGGAAAGAAGGAAUUCCCUUUGGACUGGAGGGAAAGCAGAGUAGUGAUGGAAACACCGGGGGCCUUUCAUGAGUGAGCUCUGAGCAUCUGGAAGCACCGGCUCCAGCUGAUCCUGAAGAUCUUGGUGCUGCCUAAGAACCACAACAAGCAGACAAAGCUCGGGUGCAGCAAUGGAGAGAGCUCAGGAGCCCCUGAGGAUUCAAGCACAGAUGGGGAAGGAACAGGGGAAAUUGCUGUGAGCUCAACAACAGCAAAAACCCAAAAUCCAGCCCCUUCUUUUUUGGGAAAGGAACCUCCCCAUCCAGAGCUGCGGUUUCCCACCCGUGCAGAGCCCUGCAGUGUCUCCACAGUAUUGCAGAGUGACUGAAAAGCACAGGAAUGUGAAUGUAUGACCUAAACCACAGCCCAGGGGCAUGGAGGGAUGGCAGCUGUCCCGUGGGGAAGCCCCAACAUGGAGAAGAGCCAGGGGAAGAGUCAAUCCCUGUCUGUACCUCACAGAUAUCCCAACCCUGGCCACGUUAAUGCCCCAGCCCCUCCUUUUCCCUGUGUCCACAUGAGGGUCCUGCUGCCUUUCCCACCACCCAGUGCCUUCCAGCUGUUUUUCACUGUCUUGCAGGGGCAAUGGGAGGGAGGGAAGAGAGGGAAAGGUUUGUUCCUGCCGUCCACACCAUGCAGCAGCCAGGUAUGGAUGUGCCCCUCCACCCCUGCCACCAACCUCACCAUGUCCCAGAAUUGUCCAGUGCUGAAUCCUGCCUCGAACAGAAAGACUCCAGAGGUGAUGCUCCAGCCCCAGGCUCUGUUUUCACAGAUUCCCAGAACAGUUUGAGAAAUGAACUGUAAAUGAUCAAACGAGCAGGUGCUGGAGAAGGGAGCUGUGCUGCUGCCGGCUCCCACACAGGCACUGGAAUGUGGGGCCACAUCUCAGCAUCACAUUGUCCCCUCCACAGAGGGUCCUCACCCUUCUCACUGUCACCUCCAUGAAACGGUUCUGCUUCCUUUUGCUUUUACACAUUGUAAUUAACUCACCCUCCAGGCAUUGCUCAGCAGAAUUAAAAGUGUUGGUUUCUUUUCA